AUGGAGGUAUCAUCUCUGAAGGAGCUGAUGGCCAGGGUCGUGCAGCGACUCUGUGAGCGCGGCGAGAGAAACGUGCUGGCUUUUGGCUUCUCGCUGCUUGGCGGGACCCAAGGCGGGGCCCCCUUGGCCUUCACAACCAGCGUGCGAAGCUACUUUCCCAACUUGGUGACUGACAACCUGCGUGUGAGUCGUGCAUGGAUGCUUCUGCUGAGCCGAGUGGGGGACGACCUGCUGGUCUGCCUUCUGACCCGCUGUGCGCUCUACCUGCUGGUGCCCCCGACCUGUGCCUACCAGGUUUGCGGCUCACCCCUGUACCAAAUAGAUAACCCCGCAGAUACCUGGCCCUCUGUGCCCCCCAGAUACAGGCCCACACGACCCGAGGGCAGAAAUUUUACCCAUCUUGGAUCCACACACCCGGUCAGGAACAGCUGUUACCAGGACGCAUGGAAACCCUUGGCCUUGCCAUCUCGAGGCCUGAAGAGGAGUCUGAGCAUCACAGAUAGAAGUGUGCCUUCAUCCAAGAAGGCCAGGUGCAAUCUGGCCCUGAGAUGGGAGAAGGGACCCGACAAGCAGGCCGUUCCAACCCCAUCAGACAAAACACGGGUGUCAAAGCCUGCCCAGUUCCCCGCAGUGCCUACUGGCAGAGCUACCAAGGGAAAUUUGUCUUCCAGAGGAAAGGCACCUGGCCUGAGUCUCUCUGGAUCAGUGUUCUGUGAGAACAAGUGCAGUUCCACAGACCUGCAGUCACCUCUAUGCCAAAAUGCCUUUGAGCCCCAACCUUUUACUGAGACCAAACGCUUCCUCUACUCCAGGGGAGGUGGCCGAGAGAAGCUGAACCCCUCAUUUCUACUCAACAACCUCCAGUCUAGCUUGAGUGGAGCCAGGAGACUGGUGGAGAUCAUCUUUCUAGGCUCCAGGCCUCAAACAUCAGGACCACUACGCUGGACACGCCGCCUGCCGAGGGGCUACUGGCAGAUGCGGCCCCUAUUCCAGCAGCUGCUUGUGAACCAUGCAAGGUGCUCAUGUGUCAGACUCCUCAGGUCACAUUGUAGGUUUCGGACAGCAGCCCACCAGGGGGCAGGUGCCUUGAACACCAGCCCACCGCACCUCAUUAAUUUGCUCCGCCUACACAGCAGUCCCUGGCAGGUAUAUGGUUUUCUGCGGGCCUGCAUCCGAAAGCUGGUGCCUUCAGGUCUCUGGGCUACGAGGCACAACAAGCGCCGCUUCUUGAAGAACGUGAAGCAGUUCAUCUCCUUGGGGAAGUAUGGCAAACUCUUGCUGCAGGAGCUGAUGUGGAAAAUGAAAGUGGAGGACUGCCCCUGGCUUCGCAGCAAUCCAGGAAACAACUGCAUCCCUGCCGCAGAGCACCGUUUGAGGGAAAGGAUCCUGGCUGCGUUCCUAUUCUGGCUGAUGGAAUACGUGGUAGAGCUACUCAGGUCAUUCUUUUACGUCACAGAAACUACAUUCCAGAAGAACCAGCUCUUCUUCUACCGUAAGAGUGUGUGGAGCAAACUGCAGAGCAUUGGAGUGAGGCAGCACCUCAGAGUGCAGCUGCAGGAGCUGUCACAAGAGGAGGUCAGGCAAUACCAGGAGGCCUGGCCGGUCACACCCAUAUACAGACUGCGUUUCAUCCCCAAGACCAGUGGUCUCCGGUCCAUUGUGAACAUGGGUUACAGCAUGGGCCCCAGAGCCCUUGACAAAGAGAAACAGGCCCAGGAUUUCGUCCACUGUCUCAAGAUGCUAUUCAGCGUGCUCAACUAUGAACGGACAAAGCAUCCUAACCUCCUGGGGGCUUCUGUCCUGGGCCUGAAUGACAUCUACAGGACCUGGCGGACCUUCGUGCUGCGCACGCGCACUCUGGGCUGGGCACCCAGGAUGUACUUUGUUAAGGCAGAUGUGACAGGAGCAUUUGAUGCCAUUCCCCAGGACAAGCUCAUGGAGGUUGUCGCCAAUAUGAUCAGACACCCAGAGAACAUGUACUGUGUCUGCCAGUAUGCAGUGGUUCAAAGAGAUCGCCAAGGCCAUAAGUCCUUCAGGAGCAAGGUCCCCACCAUGUCUGACUUCCAGCCGUACAUGGACGAGUUGGUGACACAUCUUCAGGAGUCCGAUGCCAGCACACUGAGGAACUCGGUUGUCAUUGAGCAGGUCCUUUCUCUGAAUGAGACCAGCCGCAACCUGUUCGACUUCUUCCAGCACUUUGUGCGUAACAGCAUCAUGAAGAUUGGCGGCAGGUGCUAUGUCCAAUGCCAGGGCAUCCCCCAGGGCUCCAGCCUGUCCACCCUGCUCUUCAGCCUGUGUUUCAGAGACAUGGAGAACAAGCUUUUUGCGGAGGUGCAGCAGGACGGGCUGCUUUUACGCUUGUUUAUGGAUGACUUUCUAUUGGUGACACCCCACCUGGACAAGGCAAAAGCCUUCCUCAGGGCCCUGGUCCACGGCAUUCCUGAGUAUGGCUGCACCAUAAACUUACAGAAGACAAUGGUGAACUUCCCCAUAGAGACUGGUACCCUGGACGGUGCAGCUCCACACCAGCAGCCUGCUUGCUGCCUGUUUCCCUGGUGUGGCUUACUGCUGGACACUCAGACUCUGGAGGUGUUGUGUGACUACACCAGUUACGCCCAGACCUCAGUUAAGGCCAGCCACACCUUCCAGCGCACCUUCCAGCCCUGGAGGAACGUGCGGCACAAGCUCUUAGCUAUUUUGUGGCUGAAGUGUCACAGUCUGUUUUUAGACUUGCAGGUGAACAGCCUGCAGACCGUCUGCAUCAAUGUUUACAAGAUCUUCCUGCUGCAGGCCUACAGGUUCCAUGCAUGCAUUCUUCAGCUUCCCUUUGACCAGCACGUUAGGAAGAACCCCGCAUUCUUUCUGGGCAUCAUCGCCAGCUCAGCAUCCUGCUGCUACUCUAUCCUGAAGGUCAAGAAUGCAGGAGUGACACUAGGGGCCAAGGGAGCCUCUGGCUUAUUUCCUCUUGAAGCUGCACGUUGGCUCUGCUACCAAGCCUUCCUGAUCAAGCUGGCUGGUCAUUCUGCUGUCUACAAGUGUCUCGUGGGACCUCUCAGGGCCGCCCAGAAACAGCUGUGCUUGAAGCUCCCUGUGGCAACAAUGGCUAUCCUCAAGGCUGCAGCUGACCCAGCCCUAAGCACAGACUUUGAGGCCAUUUUGGACUAAGUCCACUUCCUUCAGCUGGAUGAACAUGGGCACUUUAGCCUCUCCUUUCAUGGAUUCACCUCACAAGAGGGACUGGUCUGUUGUGUAGGAGUAGUCACUGUUGGUUCCCGGCCACUUAGCCCCUAAAUGAGCACGUAGAGACUGUAUUGAUUAAA